AUGUCAGUGGUUUUAGUCUCUUCUUCUACUUCUGCGACAAUCACCAAAUCCCAGUCCAGAAAGAUUCCUUUUUUAUCUCCCACCAAUUCCGCGAAAUUCCCGUCCAAAGUAUCGAUUUCUCCUCAAAAACCGAAACUUCUCAAAAGCCCACUUCGCGUGGCGGCGCCGCCGUCUAUACCCAUUUCAGAUCCGGCGGAGGAGAGCCGGAUCGAAGAAGAUUACGGCGGAGAGAAGGAAGAGGAAGGGUCUGAGUUUAAGUGGAGAGAUCACUGGUAUCCAGUUUCUUUGGUUGAAGAUUUGGAUCCGAAUUCUCCAACCCCGUUUCAGCUCCUGGGUCGAGACCUUGUCCUCUGGUUCGAUCGGAACGAUCAGAAAUGGGCCGCCUUUGAUGAUCUCUGCCCUCACCGUCUUGCUCCUUUAUCUGAAGGAAGGCUAGACGAGAAUGGACACUUGCAAUGUUCAUAUCAUGGAUGGUCUUUUGCCGGGUGCGGAUCUUGCACUAAGAUUCCACAAGCUUCAACGUCAGGUCCUGAAGCUCGCGCUGUGAAAUCCCCGAGAGCUUGCGCUAUUAAGUUCCCAACAAUGGUGUCUCAAGGUCUUCUCUUUGUGUGGCCUGAUGAAAAUGGAUGGGACAGAGCAAAUUCAGUUGAACCCCCUAGGUUGCCCGAUGAUUUUGAUAAACCAGAGUUCUCAACAGUGACGAUUCAAAGAGAUCUUUUCUAUGGAUAUGAUACUCUCAUGGAAAAUGUAUCUGAUCCUUCUCAUAUCAAUUUUGCUCAUCACAAGGUUACAGGAAGAAGAGACAGAGCUAAACCAUUGCCGUUCAAGGUGGAGUCAAGCGGUCCUUGGGGUUUCCAAGGUGAGAAUGACGACAAUCCAAAGAUAACCGCGAAAUUCGUUGCUCCGUGCUAUUCUCUUAACAAAAUUGAGAUAGAUGCGAAGUUACCAAUCGUCGGUAACCAAAAGUGGGUGAUAUGGAUCUGCUCGUUCAAUAUACCAAUGGCUCCAGGAAAGACCCGUUCCAUUGUUUGCAGCGCACGUAACUUCUUCCAGUUCUCUGUACCAGGACCUGCUUGGUGGCAGGUUGUUCCGAGAUGGUAUGAACAUUGGACUUCGAACUUAGUUUAUGACGGAGACAUGAUUGUACUUCAGGGACAAGAGAAAGUAUUCCUCUCUAAAUCAAUGGAGUCACCGGACUACGACGUGAACAAACAGUACACUAAGCUCACAUUCACUCCAACGCAAGCAGACCGUUUUGUUCUUGCUUUCAGAAGCUGGCUCAGACGCCAUGGCAAGAGCCAGCCUGAGUGGUUUGGCUCUGUAGCUAACCAACCUCUUCCUUCUACUGUCUUAACCAAGCGUGAGAUGCUAGAUAGAUUUGAGCAGCAUACACAAGUUUGUUCCUCCUGCAAAGGAGCUUACAAGGGUUUCCAAAUCAUCAAGAAAUUUCUCGUUGGGACGACGGUUUUCUUCGCGGCCACGGCCGGUGUUCCUUCUGAUGUUCAGAUUCGGAUGGUUCUGGCUGGUUUAGCUUUGAUUUCAGCUGCUUCUGCAUAUGCUUUACAUGAUAAAGAGAAGAACUUUGUGUUCAGAGAUUAUGUCCACUCUGAAAUCGAAUAG